CCCCCUCCUCCCCCCGCACUGCUGUGCAUGUGCUGCUGGACCUUGGAAACUUGGAGCUUGGGAGAUCAUAUAUACCCGGUACAUAAUCCCCGCCCACGCCCCGCGCCGCCAUGUGCGCUGGAUGUUUUUUCCGUGGACCGAAUUGUGCCAACAAAUCGACGGACUGACUGACUGACUGGCCAACGGGAAGACAGAUACUGUUACUGAUUCUGAUACUGAAACUUGAAGAGUGGACUGUUGACGCUGGUUGUCACUUUUUCACCUUUUUACAUUCUGAAGACGGACUGAAAGACAAGAAGAAGACAAGAAGGACAAGAAGGACAAGAAGGACAACAAGAAGAAGCAGUCAAAGUUGCCUCUACUCCCGGUCCGACGAGUGACCCCGCUGUGAGACCGACAUGGCUCCUUCACUGUCCAUCUUCUCCCGCCGCAAGAACUCGGAUGGCGACCGGACGGCGACCCCCAAAUCCCCCGAGCGCUCGACACCGCGGUCUCCCGCUCCUUCAUAUUCCAUCCCAACCGUGACUACCACCCGGUUCCGCAGCCGAUCAAACGACUCGCCGGGCCCAGCCUCACCGAAGCACCUGCCACGGCUGCAGACCUCGCCGACACCGCAGGAGCCCUCCUCCUCGCUGCGCCGCACACCAUCCAGCGUCUCGACCUCGAGCCACCACGGCCACCAGCGCAGCGUCUCCAGCAGCAGCAACUACGUCGCCUUCCCGCCGUCGCCGCACCCCGGCCGCCAGAUCUACCAGCCCGCGCCCCAGCGCACCCAGCGCUUCCAGCACUACAGCCACACCAGCGACAAUGCGUCCGUCUCCAUGCUGCCCACGCCCGUCGAGACGCCCGUCACCCCCGCGGUGGCAACCCCGACGUCAGCCCGCCCGGGGGAGAACGCAAGGAAGCGAGCCUUCCGCUUCCCGCCCUCGAAUAAUGCACUGCCCAUCAGCCCGCCGCUGAGCCCAGAGAGCCCACUGGUGUUCGGCUACAGCCCCAUGGAGGCGGGAAACAACAGUCUGGGCAUGAGCCCCAUCUUCCCCAUGCGCAAUCACGCCAACACGCCGAGCAUGGACUCGACCGAAUCACAGGUGGGGCCCACACCUUAUCGUUCGCGACACGGCGCGGCGGCAGCCGUCGGAGGAGGAGUAGGAGCAGGAGGGGGCGCUGACCAAUGGCAGAGCGAUUCGCUGCUGCUGCUGCUCAACCGGAUCCGCGAGCUCGAGCGCGAGCUCGAGACCGAGACUUCGCACCACAGCACGCGCAUCGCCGCGCUGCGGCAGUCGCACGUCGACGUUGUCGCCGCGCUGAAGGAAGGCCAUGCCGCUGAUAGAGACGCGCUGAGGAAGGCGACGGCCCCUGGGUGGUCGCUGCUCGCUAUCGAGGGGAAGGAGAAGGAGCUCGAGCUGCUGAGGUCGAAUAAUGAUAUGCUCAAUCUGCGACUGGAGGAUAUGGAGGAGCUCCUCCAGGAGCGCGAUCGACAGCUCGAGUGGUUGAAGGAUAAGCUGCGCGAUGGCGCCGAGUGCGUCGAGGUGGAUAAGGUCCUUGCCGAGGAGCAGCGGCAGCGGCUGCAGCUGCAGAAGCGCUCGAAAGAGGAGAUUGGGCUCGGGAUGCAGGGGGUGGAAGAGGAGGGCGGCGAGGGGGAGGUGGAGAAGAGGCGCCGGUGCGAGCUGGCCGGGAAGUUGAGCACCGUGGAGGCGAGAAGGAAUAUUGAAAGGCUCGAGUACGAGUCGCACCUGGAGACCAUGCGGCGGGAGCGGGAGACGCUGGAAGCGAAGCUGCGGGACGCGAACGAGGAGCUCGAGAAGCGCCGGGUGGUGGUGCCGCUCACGCACCUCCACCGGUCGGGCAACGACGACCUCGUGGCGAUGGUCAAGACGCUCAACGCGCGGCUGACAGAGGAGAAGAAGAAGAACCAGUACCUCGAGGCGACCAUGGCGCAGAUCACCGAGGACGCCUGGUUCACCGUCUCCGACAGCAAGCACGACAUCCAGAAGCUCAAGAACGCGGCGGAAGACCGCGAUGCCCACAUCGCUGGCCUCAACCGCGAGUUCGCAAUCGUCAAGCGCGAGCGCAAUGAGUUCGAGGAGGCUUGGAAGACCCUGUGCAAGGAGAACGCGGCGCUCCAGCAGGCCACGGAGGACCGUUCCGAGCGCAUCAAGGACCUCGAGGAGGAGAGCGGCGCCCUCCGCGAUACCCUCGAGCACACGCGCGCGCAACUCGCCUCGCUGCAGCAGCAGCAGCAGCAACAACAAACCUUCGAAAUCCCCAUCAAGCUCGCCACCAGCUCCUCCUCCUCGUCGUCGUCGUCACGCUCCAUCUCCCCACCCGCCGCCUCUGACUCCCCAGCCACGAACCUGUCUGACGUCGUCGCGCAGCUCAAGCGCGACACGAAGCUCUACCGCAACGACAUUCGCGCAUACAAGCGCGACGUCAAGCGGCGCGACGCCACCAUACUCCAACUGCAAGCCCAGCUUUGCGCUACCCCAAACUUAACACUACUCUCGGAGUUCCCAGUCCCCCCCUUACCGCGGCUCUCGGACAACACUGGCACCGUGCAGCAGCAGCAGCAGCAGCAGCUGAAAGACGAGAACGGCGCGCUCAAAGCGCAGCUGGCAGAGCGCGACGGGCUCGCGAGGCAGCAGACCCUGCUGCUAAACGAUAUGGAGGAGAAGGUUAAGAGACUUAGAAGGGAAAAGGAACUGUUUGAGAUUGAGACGCUGCAGCAGUUUAGGAGGAUGCAGAAUAGCUUUGUCGUCCUGGAGAGGAGGGCUAUGGAGGUGGCUGAGGUGAAUGCGAAUGGAGAUGCGGGGAAUGGGAAUGGGAAUGGGGCGCUGGGGGGGAAGGGGAGGGUGGGAUUGGGCGUGGGGGUGGGGUUGGGGGUGGACGCGGAUGGGGAUGAGCUGCCGCCACUGCCCCCGCCGCCCCCGCCACCGCCCAAGAGUCCUGGUGGACCGAUGACGCCUGGCAGGGAGGAGGAGAGGGGGGAGGUUUUUGUGUGGUGAUACGAUUCAUCUCUGUUCUUGUAUAUACUUUUUGCGUUUCGUUUCGUUUCGUUGGUUUUGAGUUUUGUUUAGUUUUCGAUCAUAUGGGCAUAGUUACCAGGCAUAGUUACUGGGCAUGGCUUGCGGGGAGGCGGGUGCGGGAGUUUGUGGUGGCAUUGGAUGGCAUUGGGAGCGUAAUCUGUACUUUCUUUAACUUUUAUCUUCUGUGUAUUGAAAUUUGAGGUU